UGUAGUUUUUUCGAGCCUGCUGGCAAAACAACAAAACGCUUAAUCAAUAAAAACAUAAAAUUAGUGCGCGAGAAGCAUGCAGCAGGAGCAGCAACAACAAUAACAAUAAUUGGCAACAAGCAAUUUGCAAAUUAAUUGGCUCCACAAAAAAAAACCCCAAAAAUAAAAAACGGAAAAAUCUUCAAAAAUAUAAAGUGUCCUGCACAGUUUGCGAAAAAAAGCAACAAAAGAAAAACUGCAGUAAUAAUCGCAUAAACAUAUAGAAAGCUUAUAUAUAAAUACACACACAUAUAUACCUACAAAUAUAUCCAUAUAGUAUAGAAGGGAGUCGAGAGCGGAAAUCGGGUCAAAAUGUACAAAACGAUACGACAUGGCGAGAACAGUUUGCAAUACACGAUAUUGCCGCAGAACGAUGAUUUUCGCAUCGAAGGCAAGCAGAAUCGCCUGGCAGCGUCCUCGUCAUCCUCAGCUUCAUCCUCGGCAGCAGCGGGAGCAGGAGCAGCAUCCGCUUCAGCGUCAUCGUCGUCGUCAUCGCCGUCCGCCAAUUGCCACAAACGGAACGCUGGAGCGCCACGCAAACGUCGCACAUUCUUUGCCUAUUUGGGUUUGAUCUUUGUGUGCACCGUCAUCAUUGGCGCCGUGCUCAUACCGUUCCUUGUCUCGGCCGAGUGUUUGCCCAGUCCCACAGAAUGGUUCCUCAAAACGAAGGCAGCGUUCACGCACAGCGACAGGCAACAGCAGCAGCAGCAGCAGCAACAUGGCACAGCAACCACAGUUGCAGCUGUGGCCUCCCCAUUGGGUGCUGCAAUGCUUGGCCAGAAUGUGGGUAAAUCCGUGCAGAUUGUGAAUCGCAAUGGUGUCGAGCAGUUCAUUCUGAAAGUCAACAAGACCAUGCCGAGCAACGUCGGCAACAUCUCGGCAACAACACCACCAGCAGCCGAAGCUGCUGUGGCAACAACCUCUUCGAGCACAACAACCACUACAACAUCGACAACAACAACAACAACAACAAGCACCACAGCAGCAACAACAACAUUGGCAACGGAACAGGCUGCUGCAGCUGCAAUGGCUGCUGUGGCAAGCACACCAGCAACGAUAACAACAGUUGCCACCGCUGCCCCACCAUCGCUGCGUCACUUGCCCGCCACAAUUACCACGCGCAUCAUUCAAGUGCCGCUGCUCAAGUCGGCGGCCAAGAAGCCCAUAAUGCCGCCCGUGCUUGCCAAGACGCAGAGCAACUCCCAGCAACAGCAGCAGCAACAACAACAACAGCAGCAGCAGCAGUUGCAACAACAGCAACAACAACAGCCUACUAGCAACACGGAUGUGGCACAGAAUAAGAGCAAUAAUGCUUGGAUGAACACGCAUUGGGCAUAUAUUGAUCCAUCCACCUAUGUCCAGUGGUCGGGCUACAAGGCUGAGGAUAGCGUGCUGUUGCCCGCCCUGCUUGGAUUUGCACUUAUUGGCAUGAUUCUAAUUAUAACGGUCUGCCUCGUGGCACGCAACAAGCGCACCAUCGUCUCCUCGGUGCGCAAGCGAAAUCGUAACGAUAUCGAGGAGCAGGGUGCCGAGGAUAAUGCCACACUCCUCACAACAACAAAUCUGUCCGACGAUGAUUAAAUAGAUUAGAUAUAUACAUAUAUACUACUGCUAGUAAUUUGCAAUCUGUGCGUGUGCCCCAUAUAAUAUUUCAUUUACCAUUUCCACGCUUUUUGAUGUUGCUUUUCUCUUAUUUUUAUUUUAUUUACUAUAUGUAUUUACAUAUUUUUAUGAUAUAUACAAGACAUAUACAGGCAUCUAUAGAUAUUAUAUUAUAUAUAUACAUAUAUACAAAAGCUUCAUCAUAUUUAUGUGCAUGUGAGUUGAAUUAUCUCCAGCAAAUACGCAAAUAUAAGUCCCAAGAUUUGUUCCGGAAUAACAUUUUUUUUUGUCCGUCGAAAAUUAGUAUUACAAGUAAAUGUUUUGUGUAUUUGUUGGUGAUAAAAUUGCACUCUGAAGCAUAUUGUAUUAAAUAUCCGAAACUUUUUCGAAAAUGUUGUCCAAGCUAAGCUACGCGUAAACUAAAAAAGAUACAAAAAAAAAAAAAAAACUCAAAAAAUAAGACAUUUAACGACAGUCAAGCAAUUUUCACACAGUUAUGUUUCCAGCGUGAACAAAAAAAAAAAAAAAAAAAAAAAACAAAAAAAAAACAAAGCAAGCCUAGAAAAGACUGUUUUUCUUACUUUUGUUAAUCAGUGUACAUUUCUUUUUCGUCCUCUUUUUUUUUUUCCUUGUGUGCGUGCGUGUGUGCCCGAAUAUACAUAUGUAUGUGUGCAUAUUUCCCCCCAAAGCGAAAGAGAAAAACAAAAAAACUACAUAUAAAACAAAUUAUAUAUACAUAUAGUUUUUAGCACAAAUAUUAACAGAAUUUUAAGCUUAAAAUGCAUUUAAGAUGACAGAAGUUGGAAGGAUUUGAAACGUUUAUGAGCUUCUCCCAAAAGAGUCUUUCAAUGUUGUCCGUGAAUUCUUGAAUUCCCAUUCCGCAUAAACGUUUCAAAACUUGGAUCGAGUGUGGAUCUGUGUUUGGUGUAUAAUAUCCUGCUUGCACAGCUUUUUGCCAAGUACACACAACAACAACAAAAAAAAAACCCCCAAAAAAUGAAAGUAUUAAGAAAAACCACGUAUUAUUGUAAACAUUAAGUCCAGUUGAGCACAAAUACAUAUAUAUAUAUAUAUAUACUAUAUAUGUAUGCGAUGUAUAUGCAGAAAAUGGUUUUGGAAUCGUAAGUAUUAGGAUAUAUAAUGUUCCCACAGUAAAUCGGAUGGGAAAUCAGAGCGGACGGUGGAAUGGAAGGAAGGAUAUGAUAAAGAUGAAGAUGAUAAAAAGAAAUACUAUAUACACUAUAUAUAUUUAUGAAUAUGUAUGUAACUGUAUAACUAUAUGUCGAUGUCGAUCUAUAUACGAGUAAACUGUGUAAAACUGUGAGUCAUUGAGAGUUGUAAUUGUAGUUUGAGAUGAUCUGUAUUUUUGUAAGCGUAAUAUAUUUAACAAAAAUCAUGAUAGCAAAGCGAUAUUCGGUGCCCCGACUAUACAAUAUACCCCAGCAAAGUGAUCUGAUCCAAUGACAGUUCAAGAAUAUGUAAGUAGUAAUACAAUUAUAUAAGACGAAAAUUGAAUUAACUGGCAAUUAUGAAACUGGUCGAAUGACAUAUCGAAUAUGACUUUCGACCUCUAUAUUAUACAUAUGU